UAGUUUGGUCCAUCAGGUUGUGAUUUUAAACAAUUCCAAAUUGGUUGACCGAUGAUGUCAACUAGCCAGCAGAGUUUUAUUUAUAGUUGUAGCUCCUCAGAGGCUCACCAGCAGCUGUUGUGAAUGUGUGUGAGCGCAUGCGUGUCUGGACUUUCCCAUUCUUCUGACCGUACAACUUUAUCUGGACAUCACAGUCAGAAUGACUCUCCAGUGGACAGCUGUGGCUUUCUUCCUCUAUGCAGAGAUAGUAGUCAAUCUUAUCUUGUGUAUACCCUUCAUAUCAGCACGGAGAUGGCGUUCGGUUUUCAGCUGGAGAAUAUGGAACUGGUUAUCUCCAUAUUGGAACAAGUGCUUCAUUACUAUGAUCAUGGUUCUUAUUGUUCUUUUCCUCGAUGCUGUCCGUGAGGUGCAGAAGUACUCAGGUCCUGAGCCCAUGCACGAUGCCAAGGUGAACCCAAAUUUGUUCGACAAUGUCCACAUGAAGCUGUUCAGAGCCCAGAGGAACCUCUACAUAUCUGGCUUUUCUCUCUUCCUGUGGCUUAUCAUGCGUCGGAUUGUCACCUUGCUAAACCAGGUUGCUAUUUCCAUGGAGACCAGUUUAGGUCUUCAGGCGCAAAUGGACAGUGCUGUCAAAGCAGCCAAGCAGCAUCAGGAUGACAACUUGAUGCUCAAACAAGCUCUCCUGGAUGAGGAGAAAUCCAUGUCAGCAAAAACCCAGCAACUGAAGCUGGAAGCUGACAAGUUGGUGGAUCAAGUGAAAGCUGCUGAUGAGGCUGUGCGCAAGUCUAAUGCUGAAGUGGAGGCCAUGAGAAGGCAGGCCAAAGGUCUGGCACAUGAGUAUGACAGACUAUUGAGGGAACACCAUCAACUCCAGAAUCUCCAGAGUCCUGCAGACAAAAAGGAUCAAUAACAACAGGAACACAGAUUUCUUCUGUACAUGGAUACCUUUUAUUAUUACACUACACCUGUGUGCUGUAUGCAGUAUGCCACCAGAGGCAAUGUUUGUAUUAUAUUUUACAACUCUGAUUUUUCUUUUUAAGUUUGAACCAAGGCACAUUUUUAAUUGAUGGGAUUAAACAAAUGGUAGGCUAGUAUAUCUCAACCGGAUAAACAGAAGCAUGCUGACAUCUUCUUACUAAAGUCUUUAUCAGGAAGAUAAAACAUUUGCAUGUUAUCUAUUAUUAGUUAAACUGUACAAAGGGAUCAAAUGCUUACAUUUAAUAUCAAUACCUGGCAACCCAGAAAGCUAUUGUUUUAUUGUAAAUUUAUAAUUAUAAUAAUUUACUGCAAAAUGAAAUAUUUGCAUACACCAGACCACUGCAAUAAUCUUCCUGUAUGCAAAUAAUGACUAACGCAUACAUGCUGUACAUUAAGUCAUUUUUUUAUUUGGAUUUUUUUCGGAUAGUAAAGAUAGUGGAGAGAGAAAAAGGGGGUGACAUGCAGCAAAUGGCCUCAGAUCCGAUUUAAACAGACAAAAGCAAAAGCCAAACAAAGGCUGUUUCAUUUGUUCAAUGAGAGAGUGCACUUGACUUGAUGUGUUUAUGAUCAACAUCUAUUCAAAUUCUUAAAAAACUGUUCUAAGCAUCCUGAAAUGGUAGAUCUACAAUCAAACCCAGUACAUAUAAUUUGACAAACAAUUUAGAGUUUGCUCAACUAUUACUAAAAUGUUGUCAUUAGUUGACAGUUUGAUUGGUGUAUGACGAAUGCAAGAAAAAUAAACACAUAAAACCCCAGA